AUGGUGAUUUCUGGAUUGGGCUUAGGAGGCGUGAAGAGAAACAAAGCAAUGGCACAGCCUGCCAGGACCUUUAUGCCUGGAUCGAUGGCAGCACAGCAACAUUUAGGUAACUUGUAACAGCCGAGAUACCUUCGCCUCAUGAUUAGGGUCCUGCAAAGAGAAUGACUCCUCUUCUUGCCUGCUGGUUCCUGGACACAAGAAUCCCCAAAUGUCCAAGUGGCAGCCAUUGUUCAUAGUUCAAUAACACUCUUGCUGUAUCUUCUGGUGGAAGGAUUCCCCCAGAAUAUACCAGGACUUCUAAACCCACAGAGCUCAGCAUUGCAGAGACAAGAAACACAAAUUCCCCAAAAUGGAUGUUGUGGUACCAGGCAUGAAAACGACACUAAUCUCCUUGUACAUCUCCAUCAGAGCUCUUGGGUGACCAGGUGCAUUGUCAAGGAGCAGUAAUAUUUGGAAACGAAUCUUUUCUUUUGACAGUAAGUCUCAACAGUGGGCUUAAAAUGUUCAGUAAAUCAUAUUGUAAACAGUUGUGAGCCAUCCAGGCUUUGUUGUUCCAUUUAUAGAGCAAAGGCAGAGUAGAUUUAGCGUAAUUCUUAAGGGUCCUAGGAUUUUUGGAAUGAUCAAUGAGAACUGGUUUCAACUUAAAGUCACCAGCUGCAUUAGUUUCUAACACAAGAGUCAUUCCGCUCUUUGAAGCCAAGCAUUGACUUCUCCUCUCUAGCUACAAAAGUCCUAGAUGGUAUCUUCCAUUAUAAGGCUGUUUUGUCUACACUGAAAAUCUGCUGUUUAGUUUAGCCACCUUCAUGAAUUAUCUUAGCUAGGUCUUCUGGAUAACUUGCCUCAGCUUCUACAUCAGCAUUUACUGCUUCACCUUGCAUUUUUCUGUUAUAGAGAGGCCUUUUUUCCUUAACCUCAUGAACCAACCUCCGUUAGCUUCAAACUUUUCUUCUACAUCCCUUGGCUCCCAGACCCCAGAAUACUCUUGGAUGACACAGGAUGAUACAAAGGUCAGUGAUUCAAAAUGUGCACUGUGUCUUGGAGGAUGUUGGCUCAUCCUCACAAAGUAUUGCCUCUAAGCUAGUGCUUCAGCGGUGUUUUCAACAAGUUCCUCCAUCACUCUGUCAAACUGGCAGCUUCAGGAUGGGUGAAUAUGUGAUGUGACUAGUAAAUCCCCUGCCUACGCCCACAUCUCCUUUGCUAUAAACUAGGUUUUUUGGUCUGAUGAGAUCUUAUUUGGAAUUCUGUGCUGGUAGAUCAAAGACUGUGUAAGCAUUUGGAUAGUGGUGCUAAGGCCUUGAGGCUAGAAAGGCAAACCCAUACCCAGAUUGUAUGUCUAUUCCUAUCGACAUGAAUCAUUGCCCCUUUCAGGAUGGAAGGAGUCCAAUGUAGUCAACUUGCUACCAGAUUCUAGGCUUGUCUCUGUUCCCAGCAGACUGGUUGUUGGGCAGUAGCUAGAUCAGCCUUGGUGAGUGGGAACGGCUACUGUUGAGCCCAUGCAUGGCCUCCAUCCCUGCCACCAUGGCUACCCUAGUAUGUAUCUAUUAUACCAGAGCUGGGGCAGCUGAUAACAGGCUGGCUGACAUCAACUGGCUAAGUCAUUUUGUCUCCCUGGUUGUUUAGUGCCUCUUCCAUGCUAGAGGCUUUUUGGUGGGCUUUAACAUAUGAUAGAUUUUCAUACUUUACCCCUACUCCCAUAUGUCUAUUCACAUCACUCUAUCCAAGAGCUCCUUGUCCGCAGUCUUCCACUCUUUAUGCUUUUAGACUUCUAAUCAACUGGCUAAGCUCUUUGCCUUUACCCCUGAGUUUUUAUAUAGUCUAAUCUCUAAUAACUUGUCUUUCUAUACUAAGUGGUUAACUAGGUAUAUCAGCUAAGCUCUGGCCAUUGGGAGGAUGUUUCCUUAACACUUGAUCUUUCAGAACCACCUCUGAGUGGGACUGUAGUACAGCUGCUGCCCAUUUGGAGUUGUACCCCCAUGCUUGGCUGACCUAUCCGUGAACCAAGCUUAGGCUGCCUUUAUCAGCUAGUCAUAAGGGAUUCCUCUAUGCAGCUAUAGGUGUAAGCUGAGGGACAGGCUCUGGUACAACAGUGGUAGAUGUCAUGGCAGUCUGCUCUACCUGUUCAUACAGUGCCAUCUGGUCCUAAAUAUACCUCUUCCAUCUCGUAAUGAAUUGAUUCCAGGCCUGCCUAAUCUUUUGACUAGGUAUGUCUGACAGUGUCUCUCUUACAUUGAGCAAGUGGAUUGCAUGUUCUCUUGGUGCUCCUUGCCUAGUAUCAAGCCAGGAGUUGCUUUGCAAAAGGUGAUUUUUUUCUUAUCUAUAGAUGAUAUGGCCUUGCUGUAGAAUCUUAAGGGUUUGCAUUGUGAUUCUCUCAUUGGAGCUUGUACAGAUUCUAUAUGGCAUUAUUUUUCUCACCACUGAUACCUCUAAUAAUAGGGUCUGAUGGAUCAUAUGGCCCAAGUGGGAAGUCUGCUUCCAUCACAGCCUAGAACUGCUUCAGAGUCCUUUUCUGCUCUGGACCGCACUCAGAGACACCUGUCUUUCAUGUCAACUGGUAUAUAGGCCAGAGCAGUAUUCCCAGAUGUGAAAUAUGCCACCUCUAGAACCCAAAAAGACCUACCCCAGGCUAUGCUUCCUUCUUAAAAUUAUUGCAAGACACUUCAAAUUAUUGUGAGAUGAAGUAAUUUGACCUUUAAUUUGAAAGGGGUGUUCUGGCAUUCUCUAGAUCACUAGACACCUACCCAGUUUCAUGAAGUAACAGGCCCCUGAAUCUUCAAACGUUUACCUCCAACCCUUGGAGCACUUGAGUCUUACUAAGGCCUCCAGUCCUUGCUCAUCUGGUUCAGUUAGCGUGAUGUCAGCAACAUGGUGGACCAGUGUGAUUUUUUGCAAGAUAUCCAGGCAGUCUCUUUUCACAUCAUAUUAUGACCGAGGGUAGGAAAAUUAGUAUAGUCCUGAGGAAAGACCAUAAAGGUAUACUGAUGUCCAUUCCAAAUAAAUGCAGACUGUUUUCUGAUUCUCUUUCUGAUACAGGUGAAAAAGAAUGUACUCACCAAAUCUACGUAUUAGGUACCCAAGGACGUGUUAAGCAGCUCUAGCAAAGAUACCACAAAUGGCAUAGAACUGGUAUGUGGAUGAGCCUUCGUGCGGCAGCGAGGUCUGCGUGGUCAUGUACCAUCAGCCAUCAGCACCCGCCGGAAUCGGGGGCCCCUACAUGUUCCAGUGGAAUGACGACCGAUGCACCAUGAAGAACAAUUUCAUCUGCAAAUAUUCCGCUGAGAAACCAACAGCUCCUUCUACAAGGCCUGGAGGUGAAGGAACAGAGACAGCAAUGCCCAUACUUCCAGAAGACACAGAGAAAGAAGAUGCCACAGAAACACUGAAAGAAAGCAAAGAAGCUGCCUUGAAUCUUGCCUACAUCCUAAUCCCCAGCGUCCCCCUUCUCUUCUUUGUGGUCACCACAGGUGUAUGUUGGGUUUGGAUCUGUAGAAGGAGGAAACGGGGGCAGCCAGGCCCCAGCACGAAGGAGCAGCGCCCCACCUGGCCCGCUCCUCAGCCGGGGAACAGCCCGGACCUAGAGGUUUACAAUGUCAUACGAAAGCAGAGCGAAGCUGAUCUAGCCGAGACCCGGCCGGACCUGAAGAACAUCUCAUUUCGAGCGCGCUCGCGAGAGGCCACUCCCGACACUGUGUCCUGUGACUAUGACAACGUGGCCAUGAACCCAUCCGAAAGCGGGUUCGUGACGCUGGUGAGCAUGGAGAGUGGCUUCGUGACCAACGACGUUUAUGAGUUCUCCCCAGACCGAGUGGGAAGGAGCAAGGAGGCCGAGUGGGUGGAAAAUGAAAUAUAUGGUUAUUAGGAUGCACGAACGAACCCUGAACUGACAAGAAUGGGAAAGAAGAGAGAAGCAAAAGUCUAUUUUCUGUAAGGAAAACACUCAGAAGGUCUGUGAAAGUGCUCAGCUCAGGUCCUGGAGGUGAGCAUGAGAUCCCCUGUUGGAUCUGCAGUUUGGGCUAUAUCCCUUAUCCCAGUCCCUCACCUGGCUGGAACUUCUGAGAAAGCACCUUGUCCAGCGUCUGGCACAUAAUAGAAAAUAAACAACUGAUUGUUACAACUGAC